CACACUCACAUACUGUCUACUGUGGACCUACAUGGUAGCAAAGUAGUCAGGUAGUGGUGUAUGUAAGAGGGAGCUUUAUAAGACUUCUCUGGAAUUUUAGUUUUGCCUAUGGAAGUUUAUUUCUCAUAUGUUCACUGUUAAUGAUGCUGCAUUCCCCUUCUUCUUAAAAGAAGACUUCUAUUUGGCAAGAUUAUCCAAAGGUGUCAAUCAGACUUUUUAAGAUGUUCCCUUGGUCAGCAGUGUUCUCCCUGGAACCCAAGGUCCCUGGACAACGAACAGCAGAGGAGCUGGUCACCAACACACUGAUGCUGGAGCUGGGGGCCAUGGUGAAGCGCACUGAGCGCAUUCGCCUGGAGAGGGCGACAGAGGGCCGGCGCCGCCGGAGCUCAUCCUCUGCAGACUACAGCUGGCUGGCGGCCCAGCCUGCCAUCCAGCCCUAUGAGCUGACCCCCCGCGACCUGCUGGAGCUGCAGGACCUGUGUGCCAAGGUCCCACCGCCGGAGUGUGGUCCUGUUAUCGCCAGGUUCAGGAAACUGGUGACUGAGAUCGAGCCAGAGGUCCACGAGGUGCCACGCCUCUUCCGCACAGUUCUGCGGGACACUGUGGAGGGGAUAGAUGCAGACGACCACUUGAGGCUGCAGGCAGCACACUUCAACAAGCAGCGCAGCAAGAGCCUCUCUUUCGUCUCCUUCCGCUCCAAGUUCCGCACCAUCCACUUCAGGGGCGGAGCCCUGGGCGGCUCCCGUGGAAACCUGCAGGAGGAGGCCUCUUGGUACGAGGAGGAUGAGGUGGAUGAGGAAGAGGAGGUCAAUGCAGCGAGGGGAGCCAAGAGGGGCAGGAGUCUGAGCAUGCCUGACAUCACACCCAUAGAACAGAGUGCACAAGGCUGAGGGAGGGAGAGGCUGCAUGGGUGGAAGGAAGAGACAGAUAGUUGCCGAGAGGGGAGGGGUCGAAGGUAAGAUGAGAGGCUAGAUGGAUGGACUUUUUUUAUUUUGUUAAUAUUCUGAAUGUUGUGUAAAAAAUAAAUCUAAUUGUAAAACAAAUGAGAAUGUGAAUAAACUGUUGUUUUCAAAA